AACAAACAAAAAAACUGUUCUUAUUUUUUGUACAACCUCAUAGCAAGUGUGACCUAAUUUAAAUGAGGUAAACAAUGCGAGUAACAAAAAUGUUGAUGACGUUAGCAGUUCAACACAUUAUACAUUGAGCAGCUGAAUAUAGUGUCAGUCAGCAUCACUGAUACAAAAGACUGUCACCUUGUUCUUGCCAGAUAUUUUCUCUCGCAAGGAGAUCUUGAAGAGCAAUGGCAGCAAUUGUUACUGGCCUGAUUCCAAUUCUCCGCACUGCGGUGGAUGCCACCACCACCUACAAAGGGCGCACAGUGUGGUUCGGUUUCCUCUGUAUUCGACUUGUGACACUUUUUGUGGCUGAAAUGCCUUGGUUCAAACUUAACUCAGACUUCAGCUGCAAUGUCACCAAGGACGGUGUGUGCACUAGAUCCUGCUUCAACCAGCAUUUUGACAAACCAGUGGUAAUGGCUUGGAACUAUAUUUUCAUCCUACUCAUUUUGUCUGUCCUACUCAUGGAGCUCUUCACUUCCCAACUAGAUUCAGUUUUUGAGAAGAGCCCCAUAGUGAAACCAACAGUAGAUCCGAUAGACGAGCUAAAAAUUUCAACUGAUCCUGUCACUAACACAACUGAGAUCAUGUUUAUAGACAUGCAUAAAAGCAGGAACAUUGUUCUUUUCUACCUGUUCAGCAUUAUGCUGCGGAUUUUAGUGGAGUUUUGGUUUGUUUAUAUUCUGCUUUAUUGGAAUUUGCCUAAACUACAACAAGGUCCGUUCGUAUGUAAGAGUUAUACCACUGGUUGUCCGGAUCAGGAGUGUUUGGUGAGUGGUAGUGCUGAGAAAAGCAUGUCAGUUUAUGCUCUUGUCUCCAUUUCUGUGCUCGUGAUCAUCAGCAAUUGUGUCUUCUGUGUCCACUUAAUUGGCCACUAUCUCUGUAACUGUAUUACCAAAGAAUCCUAUGGUGUGUAACUUUAUUGUUUGCAAAUGUGUUUUGGUAUCCUCUUAAAAAAAGUGUGGUCUUAUAUUCAUACCUUUCUUUGUUCUGUUAAACAUUUUUACAUUAGCUUUUAGUGUGAAAUUGUUUGAAUAUCACAGAAUUUGGUUUAAUGGGUUUGCUGUGUUUUAUUUAAUUGUUAAAUGUUUGGCAAUAAAUUAAAUGUGUGUCAUGAUAUGAUCAGUUUUUUUUUUUCUGUUGAGCAUGGUACUUUCUGUUCUUUCCACUACUUUCUUCUCAUUUCUUUUGGGUUAAAAUGUUUCAACAUUGUGCCUUAAGAAUCAUGUAAGUGCACAAGACGAAGUAACUGUUAUUACUGAUUUUUAUUGCUUGAUUUCUUUUUUCAAGAUAUGUCAGUAAAUUUGCAUAUAUUAUCAGUAAUUUUAUGCCUAUGGACUUUUAUGCCAUAAGUAAUAAUCACAAUGAUGUAGCUAAUUAGUCUUAUUGAUUCUUGGUUGGUAUAAGGUCAAUUACUGAGGUCUGUACUGCAGCGUUCUCUCAGCACCAGAUGAGCUACAGAUACCCUGAUGUAGUUUAACAUAAAAAAAAUACAAAUGAGAGGAAUGUGAAAUAAGAAUUAAGAAUAAAAAUCUUGUUACUGUAUAAUUUCAGAUUCUGUACAUGUAAUCCAAAUUAUAUUUUUUUCCCUUUAAAUAUGCAUUGUGAGCAUAAUGCAGUGUGAGACCCAUAAUA